AUGCUGCGUGUCCCACGACUUCGUUUUCUAGCCUUGGCGUUGGUUCUUGUUGUGUUUGGUAUGAUCUUCGGAACGGUCGAUCAGACACAACGGUUCCAGAGUUCCUUGGUGGACAUCCAGAAACACAUGUCUACGUACAACGGCAGUUUUGUUCCGUCGUUUGGACGGCAGGAGGUGAUCGAGGAGCCUGCUGGCCACGAGGAGAGCCGGGAUCCACCGGCACAGGAGCAUGAUCAGCCGGCCGAGCCCCACGGCUCUACCGAGUCGAACGACGACGACGACGACGGCGACCAACUCGUUAGCAACGCUGCUGUUGAGGCCCAGCAACAACACGCCGACGAGAUGACCCAGCAGAUCAAAACUCCACCGAGCGAGCCGAUCCAGGAGAUCCCAAAGAACCCGCUGGUGGGUACCCCGCUGGACAACGCACACAAGCGCAACCCAGACAAGGCCCCUCUGCCUUCCGGAUACCAUGGAUCCAUGACCCACCAGUACAAACCGUACGAGCAGAUCCGGAUCGUCAAGGACAAGUACGGCAACGCGGCCAAGCAGAACGCCACGAUGCUUACACUGGUGCGGAACGAGGAACUGUUUGAUAUGUUGCAGUCGAUCCAGCAGCUCGAAAGCCGGUUCAACAGAAACUACCAAUACGACUGGGUUUUCCUCAACGACAAGCCGUUCACCGAGGAUUUCAUCAAACAGACCUCUGCCAUGGUCUCCGGCACAGCCAGAUACGGUAUCAUUCCGUACGAGCACUGGUCUUAUCCAGAUUAUGUUGACGCACAAAAGGCCAAAGAGGUGAGAGAAUCUCGCCAUUUUUCCAAUGUUGCAUACGGGUCGAGCGAGAGCUACCGCCACAUGUGCCGGUUCAACUCUCGGUUCUUCUAUAAGCACCCGAUCCUGGACGAUUACCAGUUCUACUGGCGUGUGGAGCCGUCGAUUGAGUAUGGAUGCGACAUCAUGGAAGAUCCGUUCAAGUACAUGAUUGACAAUAAGGUGAACUACGGGUUCACGCUCACGCUGACCGAGUUCCCCAAGACAAUUCCAACACUUUGGGAGACCAGCAUGCAGUACUUUGAGCAGCCAGAGGUGAAGGAGCAGCUGCCUCCGGUGGAGGAGAGUUUGCUGUCGUUUAUUUCCGACAACGGCGGGCUGAGCUACAAUCUGUGCCACUUCUGGUCGAAUUUCGAGAUCGCCAACCUGGACUUUUACCGGUCCCCGGUUUACGAGGCAUACGUUGACCAUCUGGACCGCGCGGGCGGCUUCUUCUACGAGAGAUGGGGAGACGCGCCGGUCCACACGAUUGCCGUGGCCAAGAUGAUGCGCGCCAGCGAGAUUCACCUGUUCACGGACAUCUCGUACAAGCACACGGUUGCAGGUUCGUGUCCGCUGGACGACGCGUUCCGGCAAAAGGCCCGGUGCACGUGCGACCCGGGCACGGACUGGGCGAUCACGUCUGGCUCGAGCUGCAACAUCAAGUUCCUGGAGGUGUCCCACCAGCCUGCGAUGGCGGACUUUGAAAAGUACCGGGACAUCGUGGCUGAGCGGGCUGCGGCUCAGCAACAGCAGAAGAAGGAGGAUCUGGAGCGCAAAAGGGAGGCAGCCCGUCAGCGGGCCGAGGAGAGAAGACAACGUGCUGAGGAGAGACGGCUGAAGAAACAAAAGGAGAAGGAAGAACGCGAGAAGGCCAAAAGCGCAUCGGCAGCGGGGCAAUCUUAG